GUGUUGGAACAGUACUCGACCAGGAUAAGGGGCUGCCCAGCUAAUAAAGAUGAUGCUCACUCGGCUGUCAGGCUUUGCUUUUUAACUCCUCCGUGACAUUGAAGUUGGAGGGCUUCCGGACGGAGGCCAUUAGCUAGGACACCCGGAAGGCGGAAGUCCUGGGGCGGAAGUGGCCGAGAGUAGGGGAGAAUGGCGGCAGAGGGUUGGUUUUGGCGCUGGGGCUGGGGCCGGCGAUGUCCAGGCAGGACUGGGCUUCCCGGCCCCGGCCCUGGCCCCACUACACUUGUACAUAUUCUGCUGUUGCUGGGACCGGUGGCUGCGGAUAUAACUGACGGCAACAGUGAACAUCUCAAGCGGGAGCAUUCGCUCAUUAAACCCUACCAAGGAGUUGGUUCCAGCUCCAUGCCCCUCUGGGACUUCCAAGGCAGCACUAUGCUCACGAGCCAGUAUGUACGUCUGACCCCUGACGAGCGCAGCAAAGAGGGCUCUAUUUGGAACCACCAGCCCUGUUUCCUCAAGGACUGGGAGAUGCACGUGCACUUCAAAGUCCACGGCACAGGAAAGAAGAAUCUUCAUGGAGAUGGCAUCGCCUUGUGGUAUACCCGGGACCGCCUUGUACCAGGGCCUGUGUUUGGAAGCAAAGAUAAUUUCCAUGGCUUAGCUAUCUUCCUGGACACGUAUCCCAAUGAUGAGACCACUGAGCGCGUGUUCCCGUACAUCUCGGUGAUGGUGAACAAUGGCUCCCUGUCCUACGACCACAGCAAGGAUGGACGCUGGACUGAGCUGGCAGGUUGCACAGCUGACUUCCGCAACCGGGAUCACGAUACCUUCCUGGCCGUGCGCUACUCUCGGAGCCGCCUGACGGUGAUGACUGACUUGGAGGACAAGAAUGAGUGGAAGAACUGCAUCGACAUCAUAGGUGUGCGCCUGCCCACCGGCUACUACUUCGGAGCCUCGGCUGGCACCGGCGACCUGUCCGAUAAUCAUGACAUCAUCUCCAUCAAGCUGUUCCAGCUCAUGGUAGAACACACUCCUGACGAGGAAAACAUUGACUGGACCAAGAUUGAGCCUGGUGUCAACUUCUUCAAGUCUCCUAAAGACAAUGUGGACGACCCCACGGGGAACUUCCGCAGUGGCCCCCUGACAGGGUGGAGGGUCUUCCUGCUGCUGCUGUGUGCACUUCUGGGCAUCAUUGUCUGCGCCGUGGUGGGUGCUGUGGUGUUUCAGAAGCGCCAGGAGCGGAACAAGCGUUUCUACUGAGCGGCUGACUUGGUUAAGAAGAGCCUGACUUUGGGCCCAGGCUCUAGUGUGAACUUUUUUUUUUUACUGAGAUCGUAAAAGAAAAACAACGAUCUUAUUUCUUAACCGUUUCAAAGAAAUGAUUAAAGUAUUUUCAUACAUUUUGCGUCUUGCCCAGCAUGAACAGAAGGCAGGGCCAGGUUCAGUAUCCCCACAGCCAGAGACGAGACUCUCAGCCCUGUUCCCGGUGAUAUCUGAGGAACAGGCCUCUGCCGGGGGCUGAGGCCCUGGACAUGGUUGUUGAACACUGGAGGGCCCCCCAAGCCACAGUGGGGUGGCUCCAUGGACCCAGAGCAGUGGUUUGGUUCUAAGGUGUGAUGUGUGUGGCAACAGAAAAGGCCUGUGUUGGGGAAGCAGGGCCUUUCUGUCCCCCUCUGAGCUUCUUUCCAGGGCAGACCUCAGGAAAGGAUGGAGGAGCAGUUGAUGGGGCCCAGAGGAUGAAUGUUUGCUAAAUAAAGUGAAAUAGCCAACCUUA